UGACAACUGUCAAAAUCUCAAGUACUUUGACAUUGAUGCUAUUCGGAUCAAUUGAAUUUUGCUACUUGGAUUUCUAUUUUGGUUCUUGGAAGAAAUUGAUCAGAAAACAAAUUGCCUUUGUUUUCUACAUAAUUUCUCAUUUAAAUUUAAUAAUAGUAUUUAUCCCAUAAUGUUGAGGACACGAUCAGUUAUUAACGCUAUUCGAAAAUUACAAGCGGUUACGCUUUCAAGCGAUACUACACAACAUGUAGAUACAACUUACAUGGAAAUCCCUCUAUAUGAUAUUGAUAAACCACAAACAUUAGAGAAAAGGAAGGCAAGGUUGCACUAUCAGUCCCGAAAGAGAGGAAUGUUGGAGAAUGACCUGUUGUUGAGUACUUUUGCUAAAAAACAUUUAGAUAGUUUUACUGAGAAACAGACCAUUAUGUAUGAUCGACUCAUAAACUCACCAAGCAAUGACUGGGACAUAUUCUAUUGGAUUGUAGAAAAGAAACCAACUCCAAAAGAGUUUGAUAAUGAAAUUAUGGAUCUUUUGAAAAAACAUGCUAAGAAUGAGAAUAAAAUUGCACUUUCUCAGCCACCCCUGUAUUGAGCUUAUAAUUUACUUAAUUUAUUUAUUUAAACAUUAUCUUGGACUUAUAUAAUGUACAAAAGAAAAGUAAUAGAAUAUGAUUUGUUUGUUGAAAAAUUAGAUAAUUUAGUAUUUAGAAAUAUAAAGUAUUAAAUUUUAGGAUUGUAAUCAAAUAGAUGAUUCAAUGUAAUUUUGCUUAAAAAUGUUUUAAUAUAUAUAUAUAUAUAUAUAUUCUUUAUUGCCCAAAAAACAUAAUUAUAAUAUAAUAAAAUAUAAAUAUA